AUGAAAAAGCUGCCUGAUAAAGUUGGAAGGAAUAUCAUUCAGGAUACUGAAUUUUUGAAGGAACUCAGUAAGUGUGUUUGGAAUUUAGAAAUUGAGGCACCUGAAUUUGAAGAGAAGUGGAACAAUGUUCUUGUUGAGUUUAAAUUACAAGAUCAUGAUUGGUUGAAUUUGAUGUUUGAGAUGAGAGCUAUGUGGAUUCCAGCGUAUUUUAGAGAUGUCUUUAUGGGUGGUAUUAUGAGAACUACCUCAAGGUCAGAGAGUGAGAAUAAUUUUUUUACAUCCGUUGUAAAUCCUCACGUGUCUCUUGUGGAGUUUUUCAUGAGGUAUGAAACUGCGUUGGAUGCACAGAGACAUUGUCAGGCAGAGAAUGACAAUGAAUCACAGGAGAAAUUCCCUCAAUGUAAGACAGAAUUGUUGAUUGAGAGGCAUGGUUCUGAGGUGUACACCGUUUCUGUAUUUUAUGAAUUUCAAGAUGAAGUUCAUAGUGCUUUUUAUUGUUGUGGUGUAGAUGAAUUGAGGAAGGAAGAUGGUAUUGAUGUAGCAAUUGUUACUGAGGCAAAUAGGAGAAGGAAAUUUAAAGUUUUGUUUGAGUGCUUUAGUCAUGACACUACCUGCUCUUGUAAGAAGUUUUAUAGGAUAGGAAUCCCAUGCAGACAUAUGAUAUGGAUGUGGAAGGCAAAGAAUUUAAAAAUCAUUCCAAAGCAAUAUAUCUUAGAUCGUUGGACAAUAAAUGCUACUCAGAAACCAGUGUUAGAUAUAAGUCAUGAGGAGGACUUUAUUAAGAAUAUUCGAGAGUUCAAGAAUAAAAUUGAAGCGACAAAAAAUGUUACUUUGGAAGAUACUCAGAAUGUAAGAUCUAGUGAACAUGAUAUUGAGAUGUUAAUAGGAUGUAGCAUUCCUGAUGAAAUACUUGUUCAGCCUCCUAAAGUGUCGAAGAAUAAAGGUACAGGUGUUCACGAUGGCUCUGGAACUAGUGGGUCUAAAAGAUUAAAGGGUGCCAAAGAAAUAGCGGUUGGACAAUCUAAAAAGAAAACGAAGAGGAAAUGCAGUGGCUGUGGCGAGCUAGCAUAUCAUGAUAUUCGGAAUUGUCCUCACAAAGCAUGA